AUGAAAUAAUCAAGAGGAAGACAAACCGAUAUUUCCCAUUCAGAAUCUGAAAUCUAUAAAAAUUUGGGACUUAUUCGUAAUAAAUCUGGGAAGGUUCAGCAAUAAUAAAAGCCAAAGGAGAAAUCCAAAAGCUAGACUCAAAAGAAAUCUCAAACAAGUCUGAAAACACAAGAAAAUAAGCUCACCAAAAAAAUGAAAGACUAUGAAAAAUAGAUCUCAGAACUAAGAUAAUAAUUAUAAGAUGAUCAAACAAACUAAUAAUAUAUUGAUACUUUCAAUAAUAAAGAAGAACAAUAUGAAAAACUUAUAGAAACCUAUGAAGAGACAAUUCAUCAACUUAAAUAAACAGAAAUAAAUUUAUUAGAAGAAUUGCAAGGUCAGAGUGAAAUAGCAAGGGAUGCUUUGAAUAAAUUAUAUCAAUUUUAAUAGGAAUAUAAUAUUUCGCAUGAUGAAUUGAGAAAACAUUAUGAGUGUAUAAUAGUCAUAUCAUUUAGAAAUGAUUAAAGAUAAGGAGAAAGAAUUACACUUAAAAUAUGA